AUGUUUAUUCCUGACGAGCAUGACGUUGCCGUUAUCGUCCGCGCCUACAAUGUGUUGUGGUGCCUGGGGGCAUUGCUGUUCUGUAUUGCGAUUUUUCUUCUCAAUGGUCAUCCGCUGGCCAGUCGAAAUUAUAAGAUCGUGCAGAUAAAUCUAAUGUGCGCCUGUCAAUUCACCGACACGGUGACGACGAUUUGCAAGGUGGUUUUUCUGGCUCCAAAGUUGGCGAUACGUCUGCUCCAAAUCACCGUCUCCACGUUGGAGUGUUUGCUCCUAGCGCAAGUCGGCGUCAUCAGCAUGUUCUACAUUUUCUUCUCGUUUAUAUACGCCGGCUUCGCAAAAGUGCGUUUGACACAGAGACGCGAGCUGGAGAUUCGAAACCGAAAUGCCGCCAACUUCCUGCCGUUUGGAAUACUGCUGCUCUUGCUCUACGUAACCGUCGGUGGCUGGCAUCUGUAUUUUUGCGGCUAUGUUAUUACAGAUCCUGUAGAAAUCUGCAAACUGGAACCCUUGCUAUGUAAUCAGCCGCAAUUAUUUUUGGUUAGCUUCCCGCCUUACGCGGUUAUAAUCACCAUCGUUUUGGUCGUGCUGAUCGCCAGUGGCUUUUUCGGGUAUAUGUGGGCCCUGCAUACUUCGAUGAAGGCCGCGAGCAGCAUCGUUGUUUCUACAAAAACCCGGCAUAUGAUGGAAGUUUUUGAGCAUGUUUUCCAUUUCCAGAUGGUCAGCUUUGGCGUGUUAAUGAUACUGCCGCAUGCCGUCAACCUAAUGAUGAUCAUUGGCAUCGGGCACAAUGAUGGCAGGCGUCUCACCAUUGACAUCUUGCCUUCACUCUACUGCAACAAGCCUCUCAAUUAUUGUGCCGAUUUGCCCGAGAAGUUGGAAGAGGUGGCGCCGCCGGUCUCGUCAAAAUUACGCAAC